AUAAGGACUUCAAUAGCAAAGAAUGUGAAAAAAGUUUCAAUUAAUAUUUUAAUACCUGAAGCACUUUCACUUCUGUGUUUCCAAACCAACUCUAACCAGCUCGAACAGGAAACUCUUGUUUUUUUGUUUCCUCCGCCUCAGUGUGUGUGUGAAAAAGAUCUGGAACAGUUGAUUUAUUUCAGAAGAACAAUGAGCACCAAACACAUUCUUGCAGUUUUAUUCUUCUGUGGCUUCGCUCUUCUCACUGUUUCUGUGCAGACAUGUGACAAGAAACUUCUAAAGGGAGUUUCCUGCAUCAUGAAAUUUCCAGAUAACAUUAAAGCAAUAAUUAAACCUAACGAAGGCGAGUUAAAAUGGACCUUUAACUCAUUGGUAGCUCAGCGGAAAAAAGGGAAAAAUGGGAAAACAUUUCCUGAUGCAACAAUUGAAUCGGAUGGGUCAUUAAAGCUUCAAAAUGUGAAAGUAAGCAACACUGGCACAUAUAAAUUUGAAGCUUAUGAUAAUGAAGACAAAGUGGUUGCAAAUCAUAACGUGGAAAUUGCAGUUUACGAAAAGGCCCUUAAACCCAAUGUGACACAUAAAUGCAUGAAUGGAAAUUUCACGCUAACCUGUGACACUAAGAAGAACGAUCAGAGAGAUUUGACCAUAACAUGGUAUAAUGGACCAGGAGACAUAAAGGGUGAAAAUAAAGCUGUUCUAUUCCAGACAUCACAACAAUUACAGAAGAACACAGAGUAUUCAUGCCGUGUAGGCAAUCCUGCUAGCGAUGCACGAAGUGACGUUUUAAAAGUAUCAUGUGCCGACAAACCCUGGACACUCUUUGGUUUUGAUUUCUGGAUAAUGGUGGGCAUUCUAUCGGGUGGAGGAGCUCUUCUUCUGCUGCUCAUAUGUGUUCUUGUGAUCUGUGCAUUUCGUAGUUGUGAACAACGAGAGAAAGAGAAAGAUGAAGAGGAGCUCAGACUGAGGAGUUUUGACACACCUACUAAUCAACAAAGAGCCAAAGUAACUGCACGAGGUCAACCGGCACCACCCAUCCCGCAAGAAGAUUACGAUCCAGCCACACAAACCCCACCUCAAACACAAAGUCAAACCAAAGGCCCGGUCCGUGCCCGACCUCCACCACCCCCGAAUGAUGAAGAUGAAGAAAACCCUCCUCCGUUACCUCGGCCGAGAAAGAAACGUGAGAAGAGAGCUGAAGAACCGUACCGACCGAUGGAAUGAUCGGGUGACUGAUGUGAUGAUGGUAAGAGUAAUGUUAUAAGGACACAUGUUAACAUUCACUCAUUCUGAUACAACAACACACCCUGGACUUCAUAUUGACAUCUACGUGAAGCUUUCAACAAUUCAGCUAAAGACCUUUUGUAUUGAGUUUUACCAUCGCACUUAAACCAUAAUCUAAAACAAACAGCUCUCAGAUGAAUCUGCAUCAACUCAUGUGAGUUCAUUUCAUUUUAUAAAGGAUUUUUUGUUAUUGUGUGUAGCUCAAAACUUGUUUAUAUUGUAUGAAAAAAUAAUAUAAAAAAAGGGUUCAAAGUUCCUUAUGACUAAAUGUAAAUGUAAAUGAGUGUGAUACAAAGUUAACUCUGGCAUAUAUUCGUAUGAUAGGCUUUUAUUUAAAAACUGAAAAUAAAGGUUAUAUUAUGUA